ACCCAUGAUGCACCGCGCCCGCAUUUGUCGGAUUGUGCUGGAAAUAAAGCGUAAUAUUGUUCCAAUGAUCAGGAAUCAAUAACCUUAAAACAUCCACAUAAAACGUCUGUGUAAUUGGUAAGAUAAGAGCUACACAAUUGAUUUCCUGAAUAAGUGAAGAUCUAUUCAGAAACUUGAAGGUUUAUGUAAGUUUAUAGAAAAUGUGGCAGCUUGGAAAAGCUGGAGAGUAACAUAACUCAAUAAGCAGGUCAUGAGGAUCUUAUAGAGCAGUUUUUGUCUCUAUGAUAAGCAGCAGUUAUGGAAACCAAGGAAAAUGGUUCAGUUGAUACCAAAAGUUCUGUGGAGAAUGGGCAGCUGCCAGAUCCAGCCCACUGGGCCGUAGUAGAUGUGGUCAAUUAUUUUAAAGCUACAGGGUUUGAGGAGCAAGCAAAUGCUUUCCAGGAUCAGGAAAUCGAUGGCAAGUCUCUUUUACUGAUGACUCGCAAUGAUGUUCUGACCGGACUGUCUAUUAAACUGGGUCCUGCACUUAAGAUAUACGAGUAUCACGUGAAGCCUCUCCAAACCCAACACUUAAAAAGCAACGUGUCAUAGCUGCUGCGACAUGCUGAAUGGACACAUGCAAGACAAUCACAGCAAUGUUAACUACUGGCAGAACUAAUACAUCUUAUGCAUAUUAACAAAUAAACGACAAAAAUAUGAAUUCAUUUAUAAAUUGACUGCUUUUAGAGUUUCAUUCUGCUGUACAGGCACAUUAACGUUUUGUCUUAUCGAUGUUUACCGACGUUUAACGGGGUGUUUGUUCAAAAAUAAUUUGGUUAUGGUUGUACAUAAAUCAUUAUUGCUUUUAACAUGAAAUGUAAUGUAAAAUGAAAAAUGGCUUGAACUAAAUUGUCUGGAAGAUGUUUCUGUUUCGCAUGAAGUGUGUUUGAACUGAGACAGAGACAAAGUGGUGCUUUUAUUGGUUUGUUGUUCUUUUUUUCCUAUGUUUUUUCCAGUUUCUUAAAGAUAAGUAAUGUGUAAAACAGUAACAGCACAAAUGAUGGCUCAGCGCAUGAGAGGUUUGUUUGCAGGAGUCCUGUCUGAAUGACUGCUCCAUGCUGCUAUUAAUUCUGUUUAUUUAUUGUGAUUUCUGUAACUAACAAUGUAAUUUUCACAGACAGACAGCACAACACUGUAAUUCGGUCAUGAGCUUGUGAAACAGGGUGCUUUUAAAAGGCUGAAGUGUGUAACACAGAUGUGUAGCUUGCAAUAAAUGGUGCUUUACCAAUAAUGUCUGAAAACUGACUCAUUA